CAGGAGCUCUCGCUGUCGGAUACCUGAGACAUCUCAAAUCAUCCCCUUCCUCGAGCCGCAUCUGACCGACGAGCGCACGGCGCGCCACGGAAUGCGCAGGAGCAUCCGACUCUCCGCUGGAUGAGGGCGCGCGGUCAAACCAUGGGACCCCCCUUCUUCAUCUUUGAGUUCUUAUUGCUUUGCGAUGUCAGAGUCAUAGAGACCCCUGGAACCCUUUGAAUUCGUCAUAUGGCAACAUCUGUUUUGGAAUAAACUAUCAUCUGGUGUACAUCUCUCUCUCUCUUCGGAUGGAUGAUUUGGUCAGAUUCCUCAUUCACUGUGAUGCGUGCUCAUUUCAAGUCCAAGUGUCUUAUUGACUGACCGUGGAUCAAUUUUUGGACGUGGGCUGACGGCAGGAGAGGAAGAUGACAGCUCUCAUCCUAGUGCUGUUUCUGUUCUGCGGUGUCUCUGUGUCUCUGACUCUGAAGGUGGUGUCAAAGAGAGGCUCAGUGGACGGCUGCACUGAUUGGUCCGUGGACUAUCUGAAAUACCGAGUGUUACAUGGGGAGCCAGUGCGGAUAAAGUGUGCUCUGUUUUAUGGUUAUAUCAGAGCCAACUACAGCCAGGCCCAGAGUAUUGGACUAAGUCUGAUGUGGUACCGUAGUUCUGGGCUGGGUCAUGGUGACUUUGAGGAACCCAUCUCUUUUGACGGGGUACGCAUGAGCAAAGAGGAAGACGCUAUCUGGUUUCGACCAGCUGAGCUGCAGGAUGGCGGUCUUUAUUCCUGCGUGCUGAGGAAUUCCACGUUUUGUAUGAAGGUGUCAAUGACUCUGUUGGUUGCUGAUAAUGACACAGCGAGCUGUUAUAACUCAAAACUGCGCUAUAGUGAGAAAGCAGAACUGGGCAAGAGUAAAGACAUUACCUGUCCUGAUAUCCAGGAUUAUAUUCAGCCUGGAGAGAAGCUGCAGAUAACAUGGUACAAGGAGUGUAACGUGCAGCAGUGGAGGAGAAGUGUACUACAGACUGCAGACACACUAUCUAUACAAGAAGUGAGGGAGGAUGACAUUGGCAACUACACCUGUGAACUUGUUUUCGGAGGGUUCCAGGUGCGGAGGACGACCGACCUGAGCGUGACAGCUCCUCUGACUGAAGAGCCCCCCAGGAUUCUGUUCCCCUCUGAAAACAAGCUCCUCACAAUGGACGUGCAGCUCGGAAGCAUGCUGAACCUGACGUGCAAAGCUUUCUUUGGGUACAGUGGUGACAUCAGUCCACUUGUUUACUGGAUGAAGGGGGAGAAGUUCAUUGAGGACAUGGACCAGAGUCGUAUUCGAGAGAGCGAAAUUAAGACCAUCAGAGAGCACUUGGGUGAACAAGAAGUGUCUAUUACUCUAACCAUAGAUUCACUGGAGGAAGGAGAUCUGGGGAAUUAUUCCUGUUAUGCGGAAAAUGGCAAUGGGAGACGACAAGCCAGCUUACAGAUCAGAAAACGAGUAGAGCUGAUGUACACUGUGGAGCUGGCUGGUGGGUUGGGUGCGAUUCUGCUGCUGUUGGCCUUGUUAUUGUCUUUAUAUAAGUGCUACAGAAUUGAGCUGCUGCUCUGCUACAGGCAUCAUUUUGGAGGGGAGGAUACAGAUGGAGAUAAUAAAGAGUAUGAUGCAUACCUGUCCUACAGUAAGGUAGAGCUGGAUCAGUGGGGUCGGGAAUUACAGGAGGAGGAGCGCUUUGCUCUUGAGAUCCUCCCGGAUGUCCUGGAGAAACACUAUGGCUACAAACUCUUCAUACCAGACCGAGACCUAAUCCCUACCAGCAGUUUGAGCAGUGAACAUUACCAGGAUGACACACAUCUUCUUAGAGCAUACAUAGAGGAUGUAUCCCGCUGUAUAGACAUGAGCAAACGUCUGAUCAUCGUUCUGACUCCGAGCUACGUGCUACGCCGCGGAUGGAGUAUAUUUGAGCUGGAGUCUCGUCUGCGCAACUCUCUGGUUUCAGGGGACAUUAAAGUGAUCUUAAUUGAGUGUGCUGAUCUGCGAGCAGUCAUAAACUACCAGGACGUGGAGGAGUUAAAACAAUCCAUUAAAUGCCUGAGUGUGGUGCACUGGAACGGCCCCCAGAGCAACAAGCCCGGCUCACGUUUCUGGAAGCAGCUCCGCUACACCAUGCCCUACCGCCGACCCCAGCAAACCCUCACCAACCACACGCUGGACGCCAGCGAACCCGGCCCCUUCGCCGACCUGCAGACCAUCUCGGCCAUCUCCAUGGCGACAGCGACAUCGGCCGCCAUGGCUCCAGCUCACCCCGAGCUGCGGCCGUCCCUGCGGAGCUCGUACCGCUCGCAUUCACUGGCACGCCAGAAACACUCGUACUACCACAGCUAUGACUACGAGCUGCCUUUCACGGCCGGAGGCACGCUGCCACCACAGCACACCUACUGCAAUCUGCCCCUCACCCUCCUCAACGGGCAACGGCCCGUCAACAACAAGACCCUGCGGCAACACAGCCUGGAUGAGCACCACGGCAACAACGCGAUGCUCCCACUGCUGCCUAGAGAGACAAGCAUCUCCAGCGUGAUCUGGUAAUACCAAGAGCAAGACAGCGAACAUACCCAGUUUGGGCUGAUAUAGCCAGUUUAUGCCAGUCCAGACCUGGCUCACAGGACACUAAAUAAGAUGAUGUCACUGGCAUACAGCACAGGACACACUGAGGUUAGUGGGUUCUUGUGAGCAAAAUGAUAAUUCUGUCAGCGGUAAGUGGGUUUGAGGAUGUGUUAGCCGCUAAAUCUUCUUUUGGGCAUUGCUCCAGCAGCAAGUGAUUACAUAGUGCCAUACCAGUCUUAGCUAGCUGGGGCUGUUGGCGUGAACUGAGAAUACAAAGUCACACCACACAGAGGUAUACAGGGUCUUGUGUAAAUGUUAGCAUUAUAUUUGUAGCACCACUGUCUUCCUGUCUCCAUGUUCAGUUUGAUCAUGCCGUCUUUAUUUUUAACACUCAAUGCUUUUUUUACCUCUUUUUUAGGUUUGACAUGGACAUUUGAUUGAGAUUUGUUUUGUCGUUAUCUGCCUUUUUUUAAAUGGACUUAAAAUAUUCCUUGUUUGAUUCUACUAAUGUCAUUUUGCUUGAAAGCUACUGCCUUUUGUUCUGUCUCUAUUUCUGUUGUCCAAUGUUAAGGGAUGUAUUUAUGGUUUUAAUUGCAAAAAUUGUAAAGAAAUAUAUCACAAAUUAUGCAAAAUAUAUGAAAGCUUAAAGGGGUUAAUAGAGGUGGUCAGAGAGCGGUGCUUUCUUCUUUCAGCCGAUGUGCAAAAGGAACAGCACCCUUUCUCAAAUACUGAAGGGGAUUUUAAAUGACAAGAAAACUAUUUUUAUAUCUGAAGAGUGCUGUUUCUCCCUAAUACCACAGGGUCACUGGGACAAUGGGACUGAGGACUCUUAUAUGUGAAUCUGGGUAUUUUCUACAGUUUGUUACAUUGUUCUCAUUUGUGAAAAAAAAAAGAGAGAGAGAGAGAGAUUAUGAAACAAUAAUCAAUUGCAUUUUUAUGUUUUGUUCGAUCUUUCACUUAUUGAUAGUUUAGGACUUUUGACCCACCAACAGACCUUUUCAGCUUCUUCACAUUUCUAAUCUGUUUAACUCUCAGUCUAAUGUCUUAACUCACAGGUUAAAUGCUUGUCUUUUUCUCCUCUAGCUGCUGUGUAACUCAAUACAUGCUGGCAUAUUUCAUAGAGGAACACAGACCUGUAUACUUGCAUUCUCGUUUAGAGUGUAAAAUUUAAAAACUCUGCUUGAACACAUACAAUGUGAUUCAAUACAUUCCCAAAGUAAACACUAUAUAUUUGUUGUAUCUUUCCUAAUGGCAGCAUGUACUGACUCUAAAGGGGAAAAACACAAAGCUAGAAUCAUAAUGUCAGAAUCAAGAGGUUUGAAAGAGGUCUAACUAUAAAAAAAUAUUUUUUAAAAUAUCUGAAACUAUUCCAUAAUUUGCUUUCUGUCUUACUUUGUUUUUUGUUUUUUUACAAAUUCAGUUGCAAAAAAAAAGUUGUUUAUGAAAUAAUUAGGAUUGUGUAUGAAUGUUUACCUCUUGAGUAUGCAUAGAGACUAGCUGUGUAUUCUUAUUUGAAUAUUUACUGUAUUAUGAACAACGGCUAUCACAGAGAGAAUGUGGAAUCUCUCUAGAAGCACAAUCAUUUUUCUUUUUAUAUUGUUUCUCACUGUGUACAGUAAAGUCACGAACCACUAGAAACUGGUCAGUGAAAUUGUGUGCUUUUGCUUGGUUGGAAACAUUAGGCCUGGAAUAAAGCCUGAGAGGCUUCCCUGUAUGCAACACACAAGGUAACAGCCCAAGGUGAGUUGCUAAAAACUUGAGCAAGUUAUAUAAUACUGGAUACUGCAGUUGAAUAGGUAAAACCCCUUUCAUCAAACUGAUUCCUUGGUAUAUGACCUCCUUUUUAAAUAAAAAAAUCAAAG